AUGUCACUGGUGCGGACGGGAAGAUGGCGGAGACACCGGAGCUGGUCGGGCUGAGCGAUGAGGAGGCGAGCAAGGCGUGCGGGGAGCCGGAGCCCGUUACUAAGGAUUUCAUGAUGCAGCAGACCAUGCUACGGAUCAAAGACCCUCAGAAGUCCCUGCAGUUCUACACCAAGUGCCUGGGCAUGACUCUCCUCCAGAAGCUGGAUUUCCCUUCCAUGAAAUUCUCCCUCUAUUUCAUGGGCUAUGAGGACAAGAAGGACAUCCCAGAAGACAUCAAGGAGAGGACGGCCUGGACCUUCUCCCGGAAAGCCACCCUGGAGCUCACCCAUAACUGGGGAACGGAGAGCGAUGAGAAACCUUAUCACAACGGCAACUCGGACCCCCGAGGAUACGGUCACAUAGGAAUCGCCGUCCCCGAUGUUUAUGCUGCUUGUAAGAGGUUUGAUGAACUCGGAGUCACCUUUGUGAAGAAACCAGACGAUGGGAAGAUGAAAGGUUUAGCGUUUAUUCAGGACCCCGAUGGCUACUGGAUAGAAAUUCUCAGCCCGAACAACAUGGUGUCCAUCGUCUAG